AUGUUUACCACUUUUAUCGGUUUAAUUGAUAUUCAAUCAUGGUGGGAGGUGCCCUGCAUCGCACACUUUUGCUCGCUGUUCAGUACCACCUUUGAGCUACCGGUGUUUGACAUCGAGGACCUCGAAGAGGCACUGCUUACAGAUACCGAUGCCGAGGGACAAGUAGAGCCAAAAGUGUAUAUCGCGCGCUUACUGCCAGAUCUGAUUGUAGCGCUACUGAAAGGAUGUGACACACUUGCUCCGAUCGUAGCGCACAUCAGCCCGAGCAAUUAUCAGAUGUUCCUGAGACGCUUAUUCAGACAAAAAUGCCAGGAACAUAGAGUUGAAAAUCCGUUCAAUACGGAUACGGAUUUUGAGAAGUUGCCGCUCCGCACUAAGAUCCUGAUUUUGAAAUAUUUGUGCGAAUUUCGACUUGAUUCCGAUGAUGUUUCUUCGUUUUCUCUGUACGAACCAAACAGUAUUCGCCUAGAACCGCUUGGAUACGAUCGUAACGGGUCCUCCUAUUGGCAUUUUUUCGGUACACGGCUGUACCGGGAAGACUACGUCCACGGGAAACAUAAACCGGGAAGUACCAAGCCAACCGUCUGGCAGGUAAUCUGCUUCUCGGAAGAAGAUUGGCGCAAUCUCGCACACAAGUUUGAAAACUCCACAGACCGCAAGGAACGAGCCCUACACGCACUAUUGGUAGAAAACUUUUUGCCAUACAUUCCGAAGCUGUUUCGUGACAAGGAGAGAGUACGAAGAGUUAAACUUUUGGAGCGAAAAACUUCAUCAAGGCUAAGACUCAAACGUGAAGAAAGAAUCCUUCGUCAACAGCAACAAGUACAACCAACCGAACGCGAAACUGAACAACCCGGCCCGUCGGAAGUACCAGAGGAAGAAAAUCCAUCAAGAAGUCAACAGCUUGCCGAAGCACGCGCCAAGCGGGCCGAACGACGAUCACGAUCCAAUUCCGUCACAAGUAUAGUUACGACACAUGCUAGCUCAUCAGAGCCACCUCUGACGCCUGAUUUUAUUUUUCAGCCAAAAGAAAACGCAUUCCGUAAAGAAAUUUCUACAUACCCUUACCUUCACACUACUAAUUUGAGAGGUUCCACUUCUCCGUCAGUAGGUUCGCACUUGCUAAAACAGGGCGAAGAGGAAGAAGACCACUUGCAAGAUACUAUUAGCGGCAGCAACAGCGGUCCUGCCAGAGACGCGAACCGUUCACCGUCCUGCGUCAGCCGUGAAUCUAUUGAUUCUGCAAGUAGUUAUCGGAACAGCACUGGCAGCAGCAGUACCUUUGUGUCGGGAGAAAACACGGUGCAUGUACAGAGCCUAAGUGAUUCGUUUUUCAUUGCAAACCGCCACGACAGCGACGACGACGACGACGAUAGUGAGAGCUUGGAUAACAUUGAAGCUGAGAAUAACAUCAACACUAGUAACACUAUUAACCACUGGCGAACUGCGGCAGAAUCGCUCAUAGAGAUCAAAGCCCCACACGCCGACAAACCACAACCAAUUGAUUCGAGCAAAAAACAGCAGCACCAAGUGCGGCGCGUAUGUGCUACCGAAUUGGAAAGCCUUCUUCGUUUGAACCAUAAUAUGGCACCAACAGCUACGAAACUGCCCGGACGGCAGACCAAUAACUCACUUUCGUCUGUAACUGGACCCGUGAUACUUCCAUUUGCCGACGGUGGUAUGCAGAAGGGUAGUUCAGCGGGCAGCGGCAAUCACAAUAACAACAACAGCAACGGGUCGACACCCGGCAGUGGGAAAAGUGGAAUAGAAUCGGCAACAAACAACAACGGUGGACGGAAAGGCAAGAAAGGAGCAAAAUCGGCACAGCAUGUUUUUACCAAAACGACCUCAUCCGCUUUCAUAUCGUCGUCUCUUAGCUUCACCGAAACGGAUGAGGUUUUGCAGAUCGGCAUGCAUAAGGUGCUGGAAAGCAUAAAAAACCACGACGAUGCCUGGCCGUUUAUGGAUCCAGUCGAUGAGGAUAUCGCUCCACGAUACUACUCCAUCAUUCGAAGGCCGAUGGAUCUACAAAAGAUGGAGGAAAAGCUUGACAAUGGGGAGUACGCUAUGUUUGGAGACUUCCAGUACGACUUUAAACUGAUCGUUAACAAUUGCCGACUUUACAACGGACAAGCCAAUGAGUACACGGAGAUGGUUAACAAUCUUCAGCUGGCUUUUGAACGCGCCCGAAAGAAGUACUUCGAUGAGAAUUCUUCUGACGAGGAAAUGAUGACUCUCGAGCACCCGGAUGUAAGCCGGUCUAGUGCGGUCAGGGAGAAAGUGCCCCCGGCGCAGCCCAACAAAUCUGGCGAUACGUCCGCCGGAGGUGGAAAGCCUAGUUCAAAAGAAGCUGGUAGUAAUGCUGCUGGCAGCGGCACCAAAGCAGAUAACACAGUGAAGGAAAAAACCAAGAAAAGUGGCAGUGCUGUGAAUGUCAAAGGAGGAAGUAGUGCAAGUGGCAGUGCUGCGGAUGUCGAUCGCGGACCUCUUAACAGUGGCGAAAGCAAAAAACAAACGACGACAGACAAAGCUAAGGACAGCAAACCGAAACCAGUGAAGGGAGGAGUCGCUACAGCAUCAUCGGAUCAAAGGGAUGGAAAACAUGCUCCGGCGACAAAGAAACAGAAACCGAUCAAACAUCUGGAAAUGGCAACAGAUCCGAAACCUGCUCCCGAGCCGCUAGAAAGCGAGAAAAGUGUAUCGAGUGGUAGUAGGAACUUGAAGCGGAAGCGUAAAGAGAAGGAAAAGGCGAAUAGCAAAGUGAAAAACAGAAAAGUGAAAACGGAAACAAACGAUGAUCGGGGUGUCGUGGUCAUGAAGGAAGAAGUGGAUGUCCGAGCGGUGGAAAACAAGGAAGAUGAUGAUGGUUGGGGUGGCCCAGAGCGAAAACGGGCUAAAAAGGAACGGACGGAGCAUGUGACAAAAAAAGUGCAGUCCAAAUCCAGCGUAUCAGCGGCCGAUGAACGACACGCGGUGGUGUACCAAGAUCACAAGGAAUACUUAGUGCCUGUUCGGAGUGAACAAUCAAAAGCGGAAGGAGAAAAAAGAUCGCCCAAGGAUGAGGAGCAACAAGAUUAUCCUGUGUACGAAAGUAAGAAGAAAGCGGCCAUCAAAGCGCUGCAGCGACAGGAAAAAGAAAAGAAGAAAUAUGGUGCAAAGGUGAAGAAGGAAGAUAAAAAGACAAAACCCACUGUUAGUAGCAAUAGUCUCAGUGGCACUGGCAAAUAUGGCAAGGGAAAGCACGAAACUCGGUCGCCGGUGCGACGAUCACUAUCGCGAUCGCCGAGCCCAGCGCCGUUGCCUAAACUAUCGAGACUCAGUGUCGCCUCACCAGUUCCUGCAGACUCAAAGUCUCCACCGUUGGUGAGUCGAUUGGAUAGUGCGAACGAUAAGGGCAAAGCGCACAAAUUGGCUGCGAAAAAAACGAAUGAUAGAAACGAUACAGCGUAUGAAGAAACUCAAAAACGGGACGAAUCGAAGCCGAAUAAAAGUGUGACGCAGCAAGCAAAAAGUGGUCCUGCCGGUAGCAAGGGGCAACAGAAAAAGGACACACGAAACAAACGAAAGGAAGCGGUUGCGUUCGGGAGCGGUAACGUUGUGGAUGAGAAGAAAAUCCCGGAAUCAAACAGCGAUAGUAGUGGAACUCAUGCGGAUGAUGGGAGUGACAGCGAACAGGACAAGUUCAGCAGACAACGACCGCAUGGUGGCGCGGCUGAAGAAGAACUCACCGAAGAUGGCAACCGAGUGGAAGGUGGUCGAGGCAAAAAAUCGGACAAAUCUAAAAACAAAAAAAGUAAAAACAACAAAAACUCGAUCGAAAACAAUAACGAUGCUGAAGAUCACCACCAUCACCGUGGAAGUAAAAAAGGAAGAGGAAGUAAAGUGAGGGGAAGGGAGAAGAAAAUGGACAAAAAAUCUCACAAAAAAGACAGAGCUGGUCGUGGCAAGAAAAAAUCAAAACCGACGUCGUCUACUUACUGCCGUAACCCAGUAUCUAGCGGUGGCGAGGACGAUGAUGGGAAAGAUGUGGAUGUGGAAGCCACCGAUGGGGGGAGCAGUUCCCGUCGUCCACAGGCGGCGGCAGAAGAACGUAGCAAAAGUGCCUCAAACUGCGCCAAGCAAACAAGGGAUUUCACGCACUACUCGAUUCAUUCGCACGACGGACUCUCGAGAAGUGCUUCCCGGUCACCAAGUCCGAUUGGUUCUUACUUUUCCGAUCAAUCGGAAGAUAAUGACGACGAAAUGGAUGACGGUUGUAGUAAGAUACCCGAAGGGUCGGCACUUGAUCGGCCGAUCACUCCCGACAUCAAGGAUAAGUUUGAUCUCAUCAAGGAACGCCGGAACCGUGCUGCAGCUGCUGCCGCGGUCGCUGCCGCAGCCAAAGCCAAGGCCAAACAAACCAAAGUCAAAACGAAAGCCAAGGAAACUGCUGCCACUGGCACGAGCCCGGGCAAAAGGAGCAAACAGAAAACACAAAAUCGUGGCCAACAAGAGCAACGCCAGUUGGAUGUAGCCGCCGCCGUUACGGUUUCCCCUACAGCAAGUGCCUCGGGUAGCAAACAUCCCAAAAAACGUCAUCAACAGCAACACCAGCAAGACCAGGAGAACGAGAAGCCUGCCGUUGAGAUGGCGAAGCAGCAAAAGAACAGUCCCAGUGGUAGUGCGAAGGGCAAAAAGAAACGCGACAAAUCCAUCGAACAGCCGGCGGCGGGUUACGGAAUGCUGGACACUUCAUCUUCGUGGAACAAAGCGCAUGAGAAGAAGCGUCCGACGGAUGCGAAAAAAGUCGACCGAAGCAUCGAGUAUGAGUUUGUCGACGAAGGUGCAUACGAUCCCGUCUGUCCUUCGCCAGUACCCGGUAAGCCGGACACCGACAGACGAACGUCACACUCUGCCGCCGGAGUGAAGGCGAAAGCAGCACACAAAAGACCGCUGGCGUCGGGCCCAGUAUCGGUUUCACAAAAACAUGCUAAAACAAACGCGAAACCAACAGCGGCCAUCAAAACCGCCGGAGGCGUAACCAGUGCAUCGAAAGGCGGUAUGGUUCCCCCCGCGGCAGCUGCUGGUGGUGGGGCCAACAUGGAAGAAUUAGAGUUGGAAACGGAACAAACACUGAAGGACAUCAACAAGUGGCUAGAGAACACACCGCGCUUCCCAGAGUACAGUUCGGCAAGUAACUCACCGUCGCGCUACAUUAUGGACGAUUUUGACAGCGUUCCCGUAAAGAUCGAGGAUACCGAUUUUCGAAAACCAAUUCCACUCUCUCAGCUCCCUGCGUCCGCAACGGCGGCCAGUGAAUCGAGCGAAAAACGAUCAUCGGCAGCGGUUAGUCCGUUGCGUGGCUCCAGUCCCGCACUGGCAGCCAUGGCUGCUCCACCGACAGCAUUCUCUCCCAAAUCGAGCGGUGCAUCGGCGAAACCGAUUGGCGGCGCCACCGAAACAUCUCUCAAAGACAGCACCACGACCAACAUGAAAAGUGUUGGGUCGACUAACCACACGAUACUUGGGCCACCACCCAUCAUUCCGGCGCACUCGCAGAAGAAGGAAGCGAAAGAACCGAAGCGCAAAACGCUGAAGGAAAAGCUGUCCCAGCUUGGGGCUCGCAAACGUGACCUGCACCGAACGAUCGAUCGGCUGCAGCCGGGCAAGACAAAGGGCAACCUGAUCGGUACAAUGCAGAAUCUCAACAAACCGGACGAUUUGUUCGCAAGCGGUGGUGGCUCCGGCGGGAACGGCGGUGCUGGUGGUGGUGGUGGAAGUGGAGCUAAUGGGAGUGCCGGGUCCGGCAGCAGCGGUGCUUUGGGCAAGUUCAAGGAGGUUAAGAACUCGCUCAUUGUCAAGACGGACGAAUCGAAACCGAAGCUUAGUCUCGGCACCGUUCUAAACACGGAAGGUUUCGGCAUCGUGCAGCAACACAACUUUGCGGACGAUGUGAAGGAUGACGUGGCGGCGGAGGAAAGCCGGCGCUCAGAGUGCAGGAAACCAGAAGAGGAAGACACGACUGUGGACGAACCGGCGAGUAAAGCUUCGUCGGUGUUUCUGUCUAAACUCAGUAAUGGAAGUGCGGGCAGUGACACGGGAAUUCAAAAAACGACUUCUACUACGGGAAAGACUGAAGAUGGAAACAAUGCAACCGGGAGCACUCCGGGAGACCGGGAGCACAGCACCGGGAAGCCGAGUUCCGCAGACGAGGGUUCACUCACCAAAGAUGAAACGGUGAAGAAGGAAAAUGGUGCCACUAAAUCCACGGCAGCCACAUUACCAGCGGAAGGCAAGGAAGGGGCCGUCCCCAAGGGGGGAGCUGACAAACCUUCCGCGACGCCCAACUUGAGCGCUUGGUUUAAGGCGUUCGGUGUUCCAAAGAAACCGAAAAAGUCGGAAGACUCGGACGAACCCGGCAAAGCGUCUCCGGCGAGUGAAAAGAGUAAGGGUUCCGAUCAAACACCCCCCACGACGUCCGAAUCGCCUUUGGCACCCACUGCGCCGGGUGGCCUGGAGGGCUCCAGUUAUCCAUCGCUUUCUGCACCGCCGCGCCAACGAAAGGCCAGCACCGGCAGCACGGUUAGCGAACGAUCGUCCUACAGCCAGGACCCGGACAGCCCUCGGAUCGGAAUCGACGAACGGAUCGGUGGCUAUCCCGGUCCGUAUCCCAGCCCGAUUGGUGCAUCACCGAUCAUGACUUCGCCGAAGCUGGACGAGUCGCAAAAAAGUCCAUACCAUCCGCUGAACGGUGCCAUCAAGGUAGGCUUCUAUCAGGACACGACGCAGAAGAGCAGCCCGGAAAAGAGCUGCAGUCCGCGGGAUAUGCCCGCCUCGUACCCGCAGUACUCGCAGCAUCUGUACACGUCGAACACUGCCACUUCCUCGAGUGGGAACGCCACGAACAGCGGUUCGCUGUACGGUAACUACGCCACUUACGGUGCAAUAAGUAGCGGAACAUCUGGCCCCUCCACUUCGUCCGCAAUCACUGGAAGCACCUCGACUGCGCAACUCGAGGAAGCAACUCGACGACAAAACAACAACAGUGUCAGCGUUGCUACGGCAACUACCGAAAGCUCUGCGGGAACGACACCAGCUGAUGGUGGCUUCAAGGGCUACGGGAAGGAGCUAAAGUCACCCGUCGAUUUCUACGAUCAGUACAAACAACCGGCUUCACAGGAGUCCGAUUACAACUCUUCGAUGAGUCCGAGUACAAAUCCCAACUCUCCAUAUCACAACCCGGCGUCGUCGCCGUACCAGCAACAACAGAACUCACCCGCCUGCUAUCAACAGCAGCAGCAAUCGAACCAAGCAUCCUCUCCGUACAGCAGCCAGCAGCAGCAGCAACACCAACAAUCGAUGGCGUCUCCAGCCUCUUCGGGGCCUUUGUCACCCUACAGCACCAGCUCGGUGACUCCCAACCCGCCGACGGUACCGCACAGUCCGGCCGCCCAGACGGGGCUCGGUGGACAUUCCCCGUACCAGAACAACUCGGCUCAAGCACAUUCCCCGUAUCAUGGAGGGACCAACAACAACAACAACCAGGCCCCCCCACCACAAUCGGCACCGUCGGGAGCUGUGGCCGGGGGUCCAAAGUCCAAACCGAACACACCUCUGCACCAAAGCCCCAACUCUCCGUUCUCCCAGUCGAACCAAAGCUCUCCUUACUCGCAGCAGGACCCCAACUCGCCCUAUUCCCAAGGCCAACUGUCACCGUUCCAACCGAUGUCACCGAAACCCUCGCAACCAACGGUUGCUACGAGUGCUUCGGGAGGUGCUCAAAGUAGCAUCAAACUAGCCCCGCCCAUCAUCACACCUCAGCAGGCUGCAGCCGCCGCAGGGGUAAUACUUCCCGUUGAGGCGGUUGCACAAAAUCUGGCCACUCCAACGGCGGGCGGGUCUUCACAACACCAGGCAACACCACCACAAAUUAAUCCUCACCACCAACAUCACCAACAUCAGUCCGCCGCAUCAUCGGCUCAUUGGAGUCACCAGGGUCACUACAAUCCUUACCUUCCGACAGCGAGUGGCGAUCCGGGCAGUAGCGGUAGCAACAGCAGCACCAGCAGCGCUAUGCUAAUGCCGCCCGCUCCUGCGCAUAUGCCGAAUGCCACAUCCUCGCAAGCGCAGCAACCUCAGCAAGCGCACCACAAUGCCCACCAGCAUCCUACGCCUGCUCACGCACACCAACAGCAUCAUGAGCAGCAGCAACAGCCACACCCUCACGCACAGCAACACCAACAUCCUCCAUUGCAAAACCAUCACCAGCGCCAGCCGCACCACGCUCUGGCAACCGGGGGCCAACAGCAGCAGCAUAGCCAUCUCAGCAACCUGCUGAUGGGUGCCAACAGCAAUCCGUACGCUUCCACCUACGGUCGCCCGUAUGACCUCAACUCUGCUUCGGCAGCCCCGGCCACCCUGGAGCAUCAGCAUCAUCACCCUGCCCAUCACCACCAGCACCCGCAACACCAUCAACACCCGCAACAUCAACACCAGCAACAUCAGCAGCAGCAACAACAUUCGUCGAAGGUGCCUGAAAUGAUCAAUCUUGGCUACAGUGAACCGGAAGCGACCGGCAACAGCAAUGUAACGCCCCAAACGCCUGCUUCGAUCCCCAAACAGCAACAGGAGGUGCCAAUGAACAUGGAAACCAGUGGUGGGCCGAUAACACUGGGUGGCAAAAGCAAGCAUCCAGGUGGCGGCACAGACGCAAAGGAGGCUUACGAUACCCCUCUGAUAGAUUACGCUGGAGCAAUGGAUGCUUCGAUGAGCAAAUCGAAAGCAUUCGAUGUGUUUAAUCGUUCGGCCCCGAUGAACUACCCGCGAGGAUUCGGCACCAACCACGGUGCCGGAGGCGUUGUUGGCAGUCCCGUCGGUUACGACCAUCAUGGGAACAACAUAAACAAGGCACACGAACAACAUGGUGGGCCCAGUUACAACAUGCAAGCGUCGACUACAGCGGGCCCCUCAACGGCAGCAAGUGCGAAAGGAGCUAGCGCGAGUCAACCCUCGGAGCAUAUGCUGUCACGCUACGAUCAGCGAAGUCCUCAGCAAAUCCAACUGCACCAGCAGCAGCAGCAGCAGCAACAGUCGGCGAACAAUAUGGAUCUCAGCAGUAGUAGUGCCGGCGGCAGCAGCACGACUGGAUAUAAACCCUACAGCUCGGCGGCAAAUUUAAUGGAUCCUUCGAUCCGCAAUCUCACCUCCCUUUCGUCGCUGUACAAUCCGGACGAUCGGUUGCUGGGAGCGCCCGGUGCCGGGGCACUACCGACGGCUACGGCCGGCUACUACGACAAAAGUAUCCCACCGACGGCGCACAUGUACCCCAAGAACCUUGCUCCGGCCGCAUCGUCGUCGUCGUCGGCAACCGCCACUACGUCGACGUUGCAGCAAAUGUUUAACAGCACCCUGGCAGCGACCUCUUCAAUGGGUUACGGUCGCGCUGGCGAGCCGCAAAAUGCUGCCUACGUACCGGGUGGUUAUCACCACCAGUCCCAACAACAACAACAUCCCUCUCAGCAACAAACCAUGAACACAUCGGGUGUUCCGUCGCAAAAGAUGAUCCACGGGAGCGGUGUACCUUCGUCGGAUUGCAAUCCCAGCAGCAGUGACCCGCAGCCAUCGGUGGUGGCACCACCUGCCAAGCCGAAGAGGACACGUAAGAAGAAAGAUCCUAACCAGGAGCUGCUGGCCCAGCAACAGCAACAACAGCACCAGCCACCGCCGUCAUUGCAUCAACAGCAAGCGAACCAGCUACACCAACAGCAGACGGCAGCCCAUCAGGGAUUCCAGUCCUACAGCGGAUUGAAGCCAGCCGCCAAUCCAGUCUCCGUAGCGUCCCCGUCCAUUGGCCAGAUGGUCGGUGGCACCGGCAUGGGCGGUAGUCACCCGACGGGAAGCGCCGAGUCUUCGGCCAUUUCACUCAAGACGACCAACGUACCGGGGAGUGCCUUCAACUUUGGAACCGGGCCAUCGGGACUAGGGCUACCGGGUAGCCUGUACGGCGAUACUUCCGUGGCAAGUGCCGCGUACCUCGAUGAUGCGUAUCGCAACACGCCAAAUGCUUACUAUCUUGCGCCACCGAGUCACCGCGGUCCGCCCGUCGUCGACGAUAAACUGGUGUCGGUCGUGAAUGCCGCCGGUACUUCGCAGGGAGUGCCACCGCCGCCGGGUAUAGUCGCGGCGGCGGCUGCCGCAGCUGCCGCUUCGGCGGGCGCAUCCGUAGUGCAUCCUCCGCCGCCGUCGGCCGCAUCACCGUACCACCAGUUUCUCGCGUCGCACCACGGUUCCCGACCGUACCAGUUCAUGAACCAGCUCGAUUACCUCCAACGCCAGCAGGAUGAGGUGCGCGCCCAAAUGCUGCUCAAUCAGGGACUACUGGGGCCUCCGGGACCCGCGCCGCCCAGCGCCUACGCCCAGGCAAGCUAUCAUCCGGCGCUCGGUAUGCACAAACCGUACGAUGCCAUGAACAGCAUGAACCGUCCCCCGUUCCUCUAACGUCAAACGGCAGUAGCUUGAAGGAAUCCACUCAAAGAUCAAGGUGCAAAAACAAAACUCGAAACGUUGCUGCACCAGGAAGGAUGCGGAAAGGCUGCGGAAGGGUAAGUUUGCCAGAAAAUCGCCGGAACCGGAAUAUCACCGACCUUUCCGCCACCCGAUUUGCUUCUCAGUCUCAGUUCAAGAGGGUCAAGAGCCGUCUAUGUUAUCAACAAGAUUACAACGAGUUUUCCCAACUCGUUCCGUUUAGUGUUUUAUGUCUUUUUAACCAACUUCAAAUACUCGUCGUAUUAAGUGCAUCAUUAUGCUAAAGGUGGUGUGGUGCGUCACACUUGUUCGUUUUGUUUUUUUAAGCGCAACCUUAGAACACCCUGUGAACUCAAACGUAUCAGUAUAUUUGUUGCGGUCUCAUGUUGAUUUUCUUUUUCUGGUUUCAUACUUGAUGUAGUCGGUUUUGGUCAAACCUUGUUACAGUGAAA